UGUGCUGGGGUCCUGAGCACAGGCGGCUGGACGCGCUCCACCCGGCAGCCAGGCGGAGCCAAAGAUGCUGACCCAUGACGCACGGCCCCGCCCGGACCCUGGGCCGCCUCCGGCCUUGCCCUUCCCGCUGUUGCUGUUGGUGGUGCUGAGCGGCCCGGCGUCCGGCCGUGUACCCCGCUCGGUGCCUAGGACCUCGCUUCCCAUCUCCGAGGCUGACUCCUAUCUCACCCGGUUUGCUGUCCCUCAUACGUACAAUUACUCUGUUCUCCUUGUGGAUCCUGCUUCCCACACACUUUAUGUCGGUGCUCGGGACACCAUCUUCGCUUUAUCCCUUCCCUUCUCAGGGGAGAGACACCGCAGGAUUGACUGGAUGGUACCUGAGUCUCACCGACAGAACUGUAGGAAAAAAGGCAAGAAAGAGGAUGUGUCCAGUUUCCAGCAGGUGGAAAGACUUGAGAGUGGCCGGGGGAAAUGUCCUUUUGAGCCAGCUCAGCGGUCAGCAGCUGUUAUGGUUGGGGGUGUCCUCUAUGCUGCCACUGUGAAAAACUACCUGGGGACGGAGCCAAUUAUCUCUCGGGCUAUGGGUCUUGCUGAGGACUGGAUUCGCACAGAGACCUUGCCGACCUGGCUUAAUGCCCCAGCCUUUGUUGCAGCCGUGGUCUUGAGCCCAGCUGAGUGGGGGGAUGAAGAUGGAGACGAUGAAAUCUACUUCUUCUUUACGGAGACUUCCCGAGUUUUUGAUUCAUACGAGCUCAUUAAGGUCCCACGGGUGGCCCGCGUGUGUGCGGGGGAUCUUGGGGGCCGGAAGACCCUCCAGCAGAGGUGGACAACGUUUCUGAAGGCUGACCUGCUAUGUCCAGGGCCUGAGCAUGGCCGGGCCUCCAGUGUCCUGCAGGACAUGGCUGAGCUUCAACCUGAGCCUGGAGCAGGGACUCCAGUCUUUUAUGGCAUCUUUUCCUCCCAGUGGGAAGGGGCUGCUGUCUCUGCUCUUUGUGCCUUCCAACCACAAGACAUUCGAGCAGCACUGAAUGGUCCCUUCAGAGAGCUAAAACAUGACUGCAACAGGGGACUGCCCAUCAUGGAAAAUGAGGUGCCCCAGCCCAGACCUGGAGAGUGCCUCACCAACAACAUGAAGCUCCAGCAGUUUGGUUCAUCACUCUCUCUGCCUGACCGUGUGCUCACUUUUAUCCGGGACCACCCGCUCAUGGACAGACCAGCUGAGGGCCACCCCCUUCUGGUCACUACAGAUACAGCUUAUCUUAGAGUUGUGGCGCACAGGGUGACCAGCCUCUCAGGAAAAGAGUAUGAUGUACUGUACCUGGGGACAGAGGAUGGACACCUCCACCGAGCAGUGCGAAUUGGAGCUCAGCUCAGUGUCCUCGAGGAUCUGGCCUUGUUCCCUGAGCCACAGCCAAUUGAGAACAUGAAAUUUUACCAUGGCUGGCUGCUGGUUGGCUCCCGCACUGAGGUGACACAAGUGAGCACAACAAACUGUGGUCGUCUCCAGAGCUGCUCAGAGUGCAUAUUGGCCCAGGACCCUGUCUGUGCCUGGAGCUUCCGGCUAGAUUCGUGUGUGGCUCAUGCUGGGGAACACCGAGGGAUGGUCCAAGACAUAGAGUCAGCAGAUGUCUCUUCUUUGUGUCCCAAAGAGCCUGGAGAACGUCCAGUAGUGUUUGAAGUUCCAGUGGCUACAGCUGCGCAUGUUGUCUUGCCAUGUUCCCCCAGCUCGGCAUGGGCAUCCUGUGUGUGGCACCAGCCCAGUGGAGUGACUGCACUUACUUCCCGGCGGGAUGGACUAGAGGUGGUGGUGACCCCAGGGGCCAUGGGUGCUUAUGCCUGUGAGUGUCAGGAGGGUGGGGCAGCCCGUGUGGUAGCAGCUUAUAGCUUGGUAUGGGGAAGCCAACAGAGUCCCCCAAGCCAGGCCCACACAGUGGGAGCUGGACUGGCUGGCUUCUUCCUGGGGGUUCUUGCAGCAUCUCUGACUCUCCUCCUGAUUGGCCGGCACCAGCAACGCAGAAGACAGAGGGAACUUCUGGCUAGAGACAAGGUGGGCUUAGACUUGGGGGCCCCACCAUCUGGGACCACAAGCUACAGCCAAGACCCUCCCUCUCCUUCUCCUGAAGAUGAGCGGCUGCCCCUGGCCCUGUCCAAGAGGGGUAGUGGCUUUGGUGGUUUCCCUCCACCUUUCCUGCUUGAUCCUUGCCCUAGCCCAGCCCAUAUUCGGCUUACUGGGGCUCCUCUAGCCACAUGUGAUGAAACGUCCAUCUAGAGGUAGAAAAAUGGCCACCAGUACAUGAGUGAUCUCUGUGACUAAGUGGCUACUGAGAUCAGGGUUGCUGGGCACAGACUCUUUGAGUCUGAGGAUCACCUGGACUACAGUGUGUACCUCUAUUGGCCUGGCUAUGUUUGGGGCCAGGCCUUUGCCUGAUUCCUGAUGCCCAUGAGAGAUCAGAAUUGUUCUCUACGGUGAAUCAGGACUCUGCCCCACCCAUCACUGAGUCCCCGUGACUCUUCAGCCCUGUCUCUUCUCUUGGGUCUGUCAGUUUUGGGGAUUGGGCACAGGACAUAGAUCUGACUUUGUUUUCUGGUGGGCCCUGGACAGAAAAAAGAGCCAUGGAGGUGGUUGGGGGCUAGUGUGCACUGAGUUCUCAGGGUGGUCAUACUGAUUCUCCAGUUUAGCUGAUUCUCCAUGGGGAGUGCAUGAUCCCUGUGUGGCAACAUGGAGCCUCUGCCCAGAGAUCUCCCCCAUACUGGCUUCCCUUCUUCCAUGAAGGGAAGUGUGUAAAUAUACUGGUGUUCAUAGGAGACCUGGCCACAUGUGCAUGAAAGACUGGGCUGGUGCUUAGGUGCUUUUGGUGGUCUAGAGGAGAAGGUUGGAAUGGGAGGCAAUGCCUGUAGAGUGUUACACCUUGUAGCCAGUGAGGGAACCAAAACACCACCCCUUUCCCCAUUACCCCACAAUACUUCUCUACAUUUGAGUAGAGAAUAGCUCCCAAAGUGACCUUCUGGGUGGGAAGGGCAGUGGUACCUGUGACUCCAUCCUUCUCUUUGUUUUUGCCCUCUGGCUGCCACCACUGCCAUGCCUCAGCUGCUCUUUGCCUGGCUGGAGUGUACA